GUACAGUACGUCACAUGAUGGCGCAUGGACAUGCUCGAUAACAACAAACUAGAACGUUCGUACUUUUUAAAUGUCCAAGUGCUCGAAACACAGACGAUAAUGUUUAACACUCUAGCAAUUGACAUGUUUAAGCUUUUGAUUGCGUGAAAUGCUGAGUGGCAUGGAAAUGUACGCGAGUGUCUUCUUUUUCGUAACAGUGUGCGGUGUGUGCUCUGCCCAUGGGGAGUCAUCUGACAGAUCCUUCUCAAUAGACUACAAAAACAGUUGUUUCCUGAAAGAUGGUCAUCCCUUUCAAUACAUCUCAGGCAGCAUCCACUACUCCCGAAUCCCACGCUUUUACUGGAAGGAUCGGUUGUUAAAGAUGUACAUGACAGGGCUCAACACCAUCCAAAUAUAUGUUCCUUGGAACUUCCACGAGACAGUGGAGGGGGUCCACAACUUUACAGGGGACCGAGAUUUGGAGCAUUUCUUGGAUUUGGCCAAUCAGACAGGCCUUUUGGUUAUCUUGCGCCCAGGCCCGUACAUCUGUGCCGAAUGGGAGAUGGGUGGACUGCCGGCUUGGUUGCUCCAAAAAAACAUUAUACUACGCUCAUCUGACACAGAUUAUUUACUGGCAGUCACUAACUGGUUCGCUGUUCUCCUUCCUAAAAUGAAGCGCUGGUUAUAUGUUAAUGGAGGAAACAUCAUUAGCGUCCAGGUUGAAAACGAGUAUGGAAGCUACUUUGCUUGUGACUACAACUACAUGCGUCACCUGCGAGCUCUGCUGCAAGGUCAUCUGGGCAAAGACACUGUUCUGUUCACCACUGAUGGCAACACGGACAAGGAAAUGACAUGCGGGACCCUGGACGGAUUAUAUGCCACUGUGGAUUUUGGCACAGGUGACAACAUAACUGAAGCCUUUAAUAGGCAAAGGAAGUUUGAACCGCAAGGUCCUUUGGUCAAUUCGGAGUAUUACACUGGCUGGUUGGACCACUGGGGAGAUGAGCAUGCCAUGGUUGAUACAAAGAGGGUCAGCAGAGGGUUAGCAGAGAUGCUAAGCAUGGGGGCUAACGUUAACAUGUACAUGUUUGAAGGUGGGACCAACUUUGGCUACUGGAAUGGUGCCGACCACGACAACAGGUUCCGUCCUGUGGUUACUAGUUAUGACUAUGACGCUCCACUAUCAGAAGCGGGUGAUCCCACAGAAAAGUUAAUAGCAAUCAGAGAAGUCAUUAAAAUGUUUAAAGCCAUUCCUUUCGGACCCAUGCCACCUGCUACUCCCAAAUUUGCCUAUGGGUUAGCAAUGUUAAAAAAGGUUGGCAACAUCAGCAGUCUAUUGGACAUCCUGUCUGUCGGACCUGUUCAGUCCAAGUACCCUUUGACUUUUGAGAAGCUCAAUCAGUUCUAUGGAUACAUGCUGUAUCAGACCACAUUGCCCCAUGACCUUGCAGAACCCACGCCACUCAUCUCUCCCUUGAAUGGAGUUCAUGACCGCGCAUAUGUGUCCGUCAAUGGGGUUUUCCAGGGUGUCUUGGAGAGAGACACAGUACUAGCGAUAAAUGUGACUGGACGGCAGGGAGACAUUGUGGACAUUCUUGUGGAGAAUAUGGGCAGAGUUAACUUUGGGAGCCAUAUCAAUGACUACAAGGGUCUUGUUGGCAACUUAAUCCUGGGCCAAGAUGUUCUAACCAAUUGGAAAAUGUACCCUUUGGAUAUUGAUGGCGUAGUUACUGCUGGGUGGCCUCACAUUUUUAACCUCCACGACAGAACAAAUGAACCAUCAAUUGGACCGGCUUUGUACAUGGGAACAUUGCAGCCCAGUGGUGUGGCGUGGGACACAUUUCUCAAGUUAAAUGACUGGACAAAGGGUCAAGUGUGGAUCAAUGGUGUUAAUCUGGGGCGAUACUGGCCAGCCAGAGGCCCGCAGCAGACCCUUUAUGUUCCCGGACCGCUACUCAGCACCACCCUGCCCAACAAUAUUACAGUGCUAGAACUGGAAGGUGCGCCAGCACAUUUAAGGGUGCUCUUCAUGGACCGGCCUCUCCUCAAAGCAGCCAUCCACAAUUUGUGACACUCCAGUCAGAAACAAUCAUUUGCAGCCCAUCCUUUUGGUAUCAGCAUGAAAGAUUUUAUUAUUUUUAACUUGUUUGGCAUGUGCAUACAACGAUCAGGGCCACAGUAAAUAAAACAGAAUAAUGUGCAAAGGUUGAAUCGAGGCAGUCGGGACUGGAUUUUUUCUUUUUUUCCUCAAAAAUGUUUGCGAAAAAGAAAUCAGUUAAGCAAUCAUUACAUUAGGAAAAUUAUUUGUGAUUUUUGAUGGAUAAAAGCCAUAGGCAGAGGCUUCAUAAUUGAAGUCUAUGCAUAGGUCUAAUUUAAGGUAAAUAAUUGUUACCUUAUAAGAAUAAAAUAGCAUUUUUUUCCUCAGAGAAGUCCCAAGUAUGACGUAAUCGUUUGAAACUUAUUAUUGUAAUUUUUUAAAAUAUUAUUUUGAUAUAUAUUUUUAUGAAUAAAAGUGAUUAAUAAAAAGACAUUGUGUUGAUGCACCCCAGUAACACUCUAAAGUUGACCCCAGCCCCUAUGAUAUUUAACUAAUUGUCUGCCAUUGUAAACUGGGAUAACUAGCUGUGAAUACCCAUAAGUGAUCACUGCCACCCUCCCAGUCAAAAUGGAUUGGACGUUAAGCACGGUUAAUGGCAGCCAAUGAGUUAACUCAAUGGGGAACAAGACAAAACAUUUUUAUUAUCAUAAUGCGAUUUUAUUCUUAACGUGCAUUUAGUUUCGUAUAAAACUCCUUUUCCUUAUUGUUGUACCAUUUUCUGCUUUAUUGUGUAGCCCUGACACUUCUUUAUGACAUUGUACCUGACAGUCCAACAUUGAUGCAAUGACUAUUUUUAUGAUUUUAUCCCCUGAGGGCAAAACUGAAUCUUAUGUAUUUUUACAAUACAGAUCCUGUUUGAUCUUUGAUCAAACUUUAUAAUUUGAAAGCCUGAAAAGGACAACCAUAUUAAAGGUACCUUCCUUUUCGAGUCUGUUAGCUCUUUUCUGCUGGCGCAUUAGCUUUGCGAUGUUCUUGCACACAGCGAGGUGUGCAGAAAGAGAAAUCCAAGUACCGGAAAGGGAUCUUUCCAAGCAGAGACUCUCCACACUGCCAGCAUCUCCUGAUAUUAAUCAUGCAACAACAGAAAGGGGAAAAAAAUGGGAGUUAGAUGAACAUUUUCUGACACUAUGGCUA